AUGUCUUCCUUACAGCAAGCAGACAUCGUGUUCCUUGCCAGCUUAGCUUCUGUGGAGGCACUCUUCUGCUUACCAUCUGUCGGAGUGAUAGGAGCGGGAACUCAGGAAAGCCAAUGGCUAGGGUACAUGCAUGGAUCCUGCGCCUUCUUCCACUGGUUCCCUCAGCUUCUCUCACAUCCAGAUAUCAUGGCUCUCAUCCCUGGAGGUUCUCCUACCCUUGGCGCAGCCUCUGCAGCUCCCUUCCCCUCAACACAACCUCUGCCCUCGAGUUCUCAGCUGCAACCUAACAACAAGAAGUCACGCAAGCAAGACAACCAGCGCCCUCAGGCUGAUGUGCAGCAGGAUUUGGAUUGGGGCUUUGACCAGGAUACUCUCGCUGACUUGGAGACCCACUGGCACGAUUCGUCACUCGACGCCGGGGCUGAGAUGAAUGAUGGGUUGAGGGUGCUUCAGCAUGCACUCCAGUCUGCUGGUGCUGGUGGCCAGCCUGUAUUCCCAUCGUUCCAUGAUAUCUUGACGGCUCCUGCGCAACCUCCUAAUGAUGACACCUCUGCCAUGCAUGCGUUCCCGAUCCACACUCCAUCAAAGCCCCCCCACAUCACUGAUCAACUUGACCCUUUGUGGGCAGGUGACCUAAACACGCGUGCACGCGAGGCGAUUGAGAGCACGAGGGUGGCAGGUCGUCGGAAAGAGAUGGAACGGAAAGCCAAACAGCACUUUGUGCUGUACUGGUUUGAUGCAGACAAUGCGCCUGUGCUGAUGCAAUGGGUCAUGCACUGCCCAUACUUCCCUCAGUACCAGCUCUCAGACGAUCCUGCGCUUGUUGCAUCCCUUGGCGACAAUAUCCUCAAGAUCGAUGUUUUUGAGGAACACUUCAUGUGGUGGAUUCCUUCUGCGCUCACGUACCCCUUCACCCUUGACUUGUGGUGUCAUAUCUUCAUUCAAUGCCACAGCGUCACUGACUGCAGUGAUUUCAACGAUCUCUUCAAGUCCUCAAAGCUGGUGGCUCGCCCCACACACAUGCGCUUCAACAUGAAAGGUGAGUGUGAUAGUUUGCACAAGACGAACAAGCAGCAACAGGCAUCUGCUGCUGCUUCCUCGUCGGACGUCGAGAUCAUUGACGACACGCAGCUCACGCCAAAACCCACCUUGGGCAAACACCACCGUCUUGCUACCCCACCACUAUCCCCCACUCAACUACUAUCUGACUCAGACAAUGAUUUCGACACUUGUCUCACUCGCUCAAUGUCGCCAACACCACCGCUCAUCAUGUCAUCAUCAUCCUCACCCGUCGAGUCAACGCCACGUGUCAUUCCUGUUCAUAUUCCGAUCUACAACCCAGCCAAGCCACGACAGAGGUGGCUACAUGGAAUGUACACGGUUGAUAUGGCCAUUGGCUUUCAGCAGAUGGCCAUCCCAAAGCUUCGUGGCUUCUAUGGCCAGGAGCAGCUUUUUCGUCUGAUCUUUGGCGACACUCCAUUUGUCAAGACCACAUACCAUGAUAAUCACAAGGCAUGGCUCGAGACAGACCUGACUGUCCUUGAGACACACAAACUCACUGGACGCACUGAAGAUGGCCUCUGGGAAAACUACCUUGCAGCACAGCGCGCUGCCUUGGGUCUGGGCAGCAAGAAAUGUAGUGGGCGGAAGUAA